AUGAUUCUCGACAACGUUCUUCUCGGUUCUCAGCUCCCUUCUUCGGCAUAUCCUACUCGAUUCCUCCAAUGGGUUUAUCUUUCUUCAAGCUGUAUUGCAGAUAUUUCAGAAACCAAUGAGAUUGUUAAGCCCAAGGAUUCAUCUGACUUCGACCAAAGUAUCAACUUUUUGAGGAAUAAGCUUGCCCCAGAUAACUUAAUCCAGGUUUUGGACCGUGCCAGCGAUUUGAACUCAGCAGUGAGGAUAUUCAAAUGGGCUUCUCGUCAGAAAAGUUUUCACCACACUUCCAACACAUAUUUUAGGAUAAUUUUGAAACUGGGUAUGGCUGGGAAUGUUCUACAAUUGGGGGAUUUUUGUCAAAACAUGGUGAAGGACAGGUGCCCAGGUACUGAAGAAGCUCUUGUAGCAUUGGUUCACACAUUUUUGAGGAAUUGUAGGAUUAAAGAAGCUAUUACUGUCUUAGUGAACAUGAAUUUGGGUGGUUAUAAGCCCCCAAUUGAAGUUUUUAAUUUUUUGUUGGGUGCUCUUCUGGAAGAAGAGAGAAGAGAUUUUGAAAACACCUUGUUUGUUUAUAAAGAGAUGGUGAAGGCAGGUGUCCUACCCACAGUCCGCACUUUGAAUUAUUUGUUGGAGGUAUUGUUUGCCACCAAUCGGGUUGACUUGGCUUUGGAUCAAUUUAGAAGAAUGAACAAUAAAGGAUGCGAUCCAAAUAGUAAGACCUUUGAGAUUCUUGUAAAGGGUCUCAUUGAAAAUGGUCGAGUGGAUGAAGCUACAACUGUUUUAGAGCAAAUGCUCAAUGUCAAAUGUCAACCAGAUUUGAGUUUCUAUACCUGCUGUAUACCUCUCUUUUGCAGGGAAGAAAAGGUAGAGGAGGGAGUAAAGUUAUUUAAAAUAAUGCAAGAUUCUGAUUUUGUGCCAGAUCCUUUUAUUUAUGAGGUUCUAGUACGGUGCUUGUGCAAAAACAUGCAGUUGGAUUCUGCUAUAUGCCUCAUUAAUGAGAUGAUAGAAAGUGGGAUGGCACCAAAACAUGAUGUCCUUGUUGAUAUAAUAAAAUGCUUUUGUAAAUUAGGGAAAAUAAAUGAGGCUAUAUUGUUUUUAGAAGAUAAAGAAGUUUGUGAAACUGCUCCUUUCAAUGCAUUGCUUGAAGGUUGCUGCAAUGCUGGUAAAAUUCUGGUAGCAAAUGUUCUGCUGGAGACAAUGUCUGAGAAAUAUAUAGCUGAUUGUCAAUCUUGGAAUAUUCUUAUUAGAUGGCUUUGUGAAAAUGAAGAGACCAAGAAAGCGUAUAUACUUCUUGGCAGAAUGAUCAAAUCCUCUGUUAUUCUUGACCAUGCUACAUAUUCUGCUCUUGUAGUUGGCAACUGUAGAUUGGGCAAGUAUGAAGAAGCAAUGGAACUAUUUCAUCAGAUUUGUACCAGAUGCUGGCUUUUAGAUUUUGCCUCUUAUUCUGAAUUAGUUGGUGACCUCUGUGACAUUAAUCACCUUCAAGAUGCCAUUGAAGUGUUUCACUAUAUGUCAAUGAAGAGAUGUUCUCUUCAUUCCUUGUCCUUCUACAAGCUGAUAAAAUGUGUAUGUGACUCAGGGCAGGUCAACAAAGCCAUAAGACUAUGGCAAUUAGCUUAUUAUUGUGGUAUUUCUUGCAGUAUUGCCACACACACUGCUAUCAUGCGUGAGUUGUCUAAAUCCGGAACGGCGAGAGAGUUGCUAGUAUUCCUCUCACAUAUGUUGAUGAUGGGUAGCAAUCUUGAUGUAGAAGCAUAUUGUAUUCUUAUUCAUGGCAUGAGUAAACAAAAUAAAGUAAAGGAAUGUGUUUUAUUUUUCAAUAUGAUGGUCAAUGAAGGUUUGAUACCUGAUCCAGACCAACUAUUUGAUCAAUUGUCAUUUAUAGCCAAUCAUUCUCAGUUAUCUAUGAUUUCUAGUGCAAUUGAUAGAAUUUCUGAUAGUGAAAUUUUGAAUUCAGCAAUGUGUGACUUACUGAUAACUGGUUUGUGGAAAGAGGGGAAGGAACAUGAGGCCCAUCAAUUACUGGAUUUGAUGUUAGAAAAGGGUUGGCUUCCUGAAGCAACCACUCAUAAUUUAUUGAUUGGAUCUGAUGUUAGAGAAGGAAGGAAUCAAGCAAUAUUGUGGUCUGAUAAUUCUGCCACAGAAGAUUCUGUUAGCAAUAUACUUGCCGAAGGCCUUGGAGAUACGUGAAACUUCUGCAUUUUAUGAAAAGAAUCUUAUUUGCUUAACAUGCCAGUUCCAGCACGAUUGUUGCUUCUUUCAUCAAGGAUUUUCAUAUUCAGCAGUCUAGUAGCAACCAAAACUAUUGUUCACAGAAAAUCCCUUCAAGAGAUGCAGCUUGGCAGAUUUUAGCUUCAUCAGAUUUAUUUGGUAUUGGUAAGACGUGGAAUGGCUUGUGCUACAGGAUAGAUUUACAAUUUUUAACAGUGUGUAUAUGACAUGCUUUAUCUUGAACCUGCUUUAUUCUUUCUUCUUUGUGAAUCGAAUGAUCUCAAAAACAGUCAAAGAGGUUAUUUUAGUUACACGUUUUUGGCUUAUUAUUAGCUAGUGCCCACCAAUAAGGAAACUCUAUGGUUUUAGAUUCUCUACGUUAACACUUGCAUGAAGAGUAAU